AUGGCUCGGGCGUCGGGUGGAGACGGGGCAGGAGAGGGAGCCUUAGGAGGGGUGUUUUUAUUGGGUGAAGGAGGAGUGGGAAGAGAGGUGUUUCAACCGACCCCUCCUGGGGGUGUGAUGCUUCUCAAUGACUUGUUGCCUGCUACAUCUCAUGGCAGCUCGCUCAAUCUGCAAGACGCCGCCUCUGCGGGAGGGAAAAACCUGGGAGUGGAAGAGGCAGGAGAGGAACCCAGAGUGUUACUCUCGCAUGCAGCCACGACCACUGCAGAGCGGUGCCUUGAGCUGCUGCAGCAGCCACUCACUCCCUUGGCAAUGUCGGAGUUCCAGUUUCAACCUCAGCUCUCCAAGGCCGUUGACUUCUCACUUCCGGACUCCUUACCACUUCCUUUUGGUUCAUCAGCUGAGGAUUCUCCUGGUUUCCUCGGUGGACUCGAUAAGUCAUAG